AUGGGCGAACAAAACGAGGCCAUCGCGCUCUACCUCGAGGCACUCAACAAAUACAACGAAGGAAAUUGCGAGGAGACACUCAACUUUCUUCACGAAGCAACCGAAGCCGCCCGCGGGACCAAUGACUUUGAUCUGCUCCAAAAGAUUUACAAUCUGACCGCGGCUACAUACGAGAGUAAAACAAGAUGCUUUGCUGGCCGAGCCGAAGAAAUACAAAUGCUAGAAAAAGCCAUAGAAGCCCUUCAACGAGAGAAGCACUUGCAUCGCGCUAAGAAGGAUGAAGAAGCCGAGAUUGUGACCAUCUUUGACCUAUGUCGUCUCAUCGAACGAAUCAAGCCAAACUCUGAGGAGCUAGAAGAACUUUACCAAGAAGCUACAAAACUUGCACAGAAGUCGAACAACCAGAGUCUACUGUGCAAGAGCUGGAGACGAUUGGGAGAAUACUACAUGCUUCGCGGGCGUCAUCUCCGCUUGCAACUUGCAACGCUUAAAGACACGGUAGAAAAAAUGUUGCUUAUCAACAGCUCGUUUUCCGAAGCCGUCACCAGCUAUCAAAAUGCCUCUGACAUCGCUCGUGCCAAUUUGUUCAACGAUGAGAUUGGCUUUCUGACCGGCGACUUGGCAAAUGCUUACUACGAACAAGGAAUCUACAACAAAGCCAAUGAACUUUACAUGAAGAGGUUUCGAAUUGCCGAAGGAGAGAAAGAUCGAUGCGCGAUGAGAAGAACUUAUUCUGCCUUGGGAAACCUCAAUCGAAAAAUCGGAAGAAACGAUGAAGCCACCAAGUAUUAUCGAUUGGCUCUGGCGAUUGCUUGUGAAUUAGAUGAUCGAAGAUCCAUGGCCAUGCAGUACAUCUCACUUGGCGAAUUGAAGGUCGAAGAAGUUGAUUGGGAAGAUGCAACCAUGUACGCACUGAAGGCAAUCGACGUUUCACGACAAGCGAACGAUCUAGGGGCUGAAGCACAGGCGUAUCGGCUUAUGGCAGAAAUGUACUCAACCCAGUUAAGCUACUCUAAAGCGGCUUAUUGUUUAGCUGUUCUUCGGCACUUAUCCAAAAAACUUGAUCGCCAAGAGCAAGUCAACUAUGCACACGAGCAACUCUGUCGACUAAAGAAGAACCAGCUUGAAGAAGUGGAUGGGAGAUUGGUCUUGGACUCCUCAGAUGAUUCGCGCCCCUAUCGAAUAGGCUUGACCACGUCCCUUACAUCUUUAAAUGAUUCGUUUUCGCUUUCGCCCGAAGCUGUCCAAUCACUUGGCAUGCUCACUCCUUCGUCCAGUCAAUCUUUUCAAAGAGAUGCUCAGCAUGACGACUACCUCGACAACAAACUCGACCAAGUUGCCAGCUGGAAGAUCGAGGAGCAACGAGAACAGGUCCAGAUACAAUCAGUCAAACGAGUCGAAGCCUCAAAGAAGCGCCGUUCAUCUCUUCUCUCGUGGCUUCGAUUU